AUGAAUGGAAGGACAGCCUACAACAUGCACAGCAGGAAGAUUCGGACAUUAAGCCGAUUCUGGACGGCCAGUGCUCCUAAGCCCAAGUGGAGCGACGUCUCAGCUAUGAGUUCGACCACGAAAAGCUAUUGGGCCCAAUGGGACAGCUUGCUGAUUCAGGAUGGAGUCCUGUGCCGUAAAUGGGAAAAUGGUCGGGGAGACAGGUGUCAUUUGCAAAUGGUUGUCCCUAAGGCUAAAGUGCCGGAUGUUCUACAGCUGUACCAUAGUGGUUGUUCAGGAGGCCACCUGGGAGUUAAACGAACUCUCCUGAAGAUCCGAGAACGGUUUUACUGGGUCCACUGUCGUGACGAUGUCGAGGACUGGUGUCGCAAAUGUACAAGUUGUGCGGCUGUAAAGGGACCUCAAAUUCGUAGUAGAGGCGCAUUGAAAUUGUACAAUGUUGGUGCACCAUGGGAGAGGAUAGCCAUUGACGUUGCGGGGCCGUUUCCAGAAACUGAAAGUGGUAACAAGUAUUUCAUGGUAGUGAUGGAUUACUUCACUAAGUGGCCAGAAGUCUUCGCCAUUCCAAAUCAAGAAGUUUCAACAGUUGCAGAUAAACUAGUUCAUGAAGUCUUCUGUCGUUUCGGAGUACCUUUAGAGAUUCACAGCGAUCAAGGAAGGAAUUUUGAGUCUCAAAUAUUCCAGGAAACUUGCCGAGUUAUGGGUACUCAGAAAACACGAACAACUUCUUACCACCCACAAUCUGAUGGAAUGGUAGAAAGAUUUAAUCAGACAUUGGAGAGGUACCUAGCAAAAGUUGUGGAAAAACGGCAACGAGACUGGGACAGGCAUAUACAACCGUUUUUGUUGUCAUAUCGAAGCGCUGUUCACGAAAGUACAUCAGUGACACCAGCUUUCGCAAACUUUGGGAGAGAAUUGCGGCUGACUGCAGACCUAAUCACCGGAAUACCACCUGAUUCCCCACGCAGUAUAACCGAUUAUGCAAAUGACUUGCGGAACAAAAUGAAUGACAUUUAUAAGCACGUCAGACAGACGGGCCAGCAAACGUCUGAGAAGAUGAAAACACGGUAUGACCGCAAAAUGAACAACAAGGGGUUUGAUGAAGGUUCACUAGUGUGGUUACACAAUCCAGUUCGCAGCAAAGGGAAAUCUCCUAAGCUUCAAGCUAAAUGGGAUGGACCGUACCGGAUUGUGACAAGGAUCAAUGAUGUAACCUACCGGAUACAGAAAGGUGCCAGAGGUACUCCUAAGAUUGUCCAUGUGGAUCGACCAUGGAUCGACUGGCGCGUUAUUAUGGGGCCAAUAAUGCUCGGGACGAGCAUGUCUUAG